AUGGUGUCUCAGCUGCUCCAAGGUGAGAGUGGUUACCUGGCUGCUUCCUCCAAUGCCAUUGAUGGGAACCACAAUCCAAAUUUAAUUCAAGGAUCUUGCAGUCACACAGCUAGUCACAGCUCCCCCUGGUGGAGAGUGGACCUGCUAGCACCCCACAGAGUGAACCUGGUUGUCAUCACAAACCGAGGAGACUGCUGCGCGGAGCGUAUCAAUGGGGCUGAGAUCCGCAUCGGCAGCUCGCUGGAGAACGAGGGCAACAGCAACCACAGGUAUGCCACCAUUCACUCCAUUCCAGCUGGGAUAUCCAGGACCUACAGCUGCAGUGGAAUGGAGGGGCUGUAUGUCAACAUGGUCAUUCCAGGGAAGAAAGAGUAUCUCUGUCUCUGUGAGGUGGAGGUCUACGCCGUGCCCUCCAACAAGGACUGUUGUUCUAAAGGCUGCAUUCAAAACAAUAGCAAUUAGCCUUUUACAGAGUAAGGAACUUCCUCUAGUCCUGCAUCCAGUCUGGGGUUUCAGCACUCCUCUUUUAAGUAUAUUACUGAAAUCAUCAGGUGUCUGAGUUUGAACAAUCGGGAGUUGUUCAUGCAACUACAACGGAAGGAACAAUAUAUUUAACUGGGGUUGCUUAAA